AUAGCCCUUUGCUUCCCUUUUCUUACUUCCCUUUUCUUACAGAAACGAGUAGCAGCUGGUCCAGUGAUGCUCCAAGGCUGUUGACAAUGGCUUCUUCAAUUAGCUCUUCUUUUCAAACCAGGAAGCCAUUUGGCGUGGGCUGCAUAGAUGGGGCUAGCACUUGAAUCUUCUUAUUCAUGAGACAGUUGAUAGUCUAGAGAUUAAAUUCAAGAUUUCAACAUUUUUAAGCACUUAGGUUCAAGGUAGUGACAAAUGAACCUUAAGACCAAUAGGCACAACGUAUCAGCUACCAGAUAGAUGAUCUUGCAUAUCAAUCUGAGAUCUGUAUUUUUGGGUGAGAGAAAUGGAAUUUGUGUACCAAUUGUUCCUAUAACCCGUAUUGGGUUCCUGAGGAAGACUAUAGAAUGUAAGGAGUCACGAAUCGGGAAGCAACCAAUUUCAGUGCCUUCCAAUGUGACAAUCACACUGGAUGGCCGAGAUCUAAAAGUGAAGGGUCCUUUGGGGGAACUUUCAAGAACUCAUCCUCGAGAGGUGAAGCUUGAGAGAGAUGAGAAUGGAACUAUUCGUGUUAAAAAGGCAUUGGACACAAGAAGAGCCAACCAAAUGCAUGGACUUUUCAGGACACUUACAGACAACAUGGUGGUGGGAGUAUCAAAAGGGUUUGAGAAGAGACUUCAGCUAGUUGGCGUUGGGUAUCGUGCAACAGUAGAAGGAAAAGACUUGGUGUUAAGUCUGGGAUUUUCUCAUCCAGUUAGAAUGGAAAUACCUAGUGACCUAAAAGUGAAGGUGGAAGAGAACACGAGGAUCAUUAUUAGUGGAUAUGACAAGUGUAACAUUGGCCAGUUUGCUGCUUCGGUUAGGAAAUGGAGGCCUCCUGAACCAUAUAAAGGUAAAGGUGUGAGGUAUGCCAAUGAAGUUAUAAGAUUAAAGGAAGGGAAAGCAGGGAAGAAGAAGUAAUUGAUGCAUUUGUAUUUUGUAUUUUUAAUUUCUCUUAUGUGCACUUUUUUAAUAUGCAUUAGCAAUGUGGAUGUAUUUCAGUGAUUCAUUAAAUAGACAUUUUUAAUUUCA